AUGAAUACGGAUUCUAUUAAUACCUAUGUAGUCAAUGAAUUUGCUACGAACGAUGAAAUACAAGCAAUGUCAAUGGAUAUUGAUGAAGCAAUCGAGCGACUUGGCUAUGGGAGAUUUCAAAAAGACAUUUUAUUGGCAGCUGGUCUUUGUUUCGCCGCAGAUGCCAUGGAGGUUUUGCUUCUGUCGUUUCUUUCUAUAGUUUUGAAAGCAGAGUGGGGACUCACAGAUUAUCAAGAGAAUACAGUUAUUUCUAUAGUAUUUGCUGGCGCUGCAAUCGGCACAUUGAUUCUUUCACCUUUGGCGGAUAUCAUUGGACGAAAAAUAAUCUUCGGAGUUACCGCAGCAACAAUCAGUGUCUUUGGAAUCCUCACUGCCUUUUGUGCGACGUAUGAAUGGCUUCUUUUCGCACGAUUUAUGGUGGGCUUUGGGGUCGGAGGCUUGACUGUUCCUUUUGAUACGUUGGCAGAAUUUGUUCCAAAUUCACAGAGGGGUGCCAACCUGCUUGAGAUUGAAUAUUUUUGGACAGCCGGGACGAUAUCGGUACCAGUUGUUGCUUGGUUGACUCUUGGAGACUCUGCAUACUUUGAGUCUUGGCAGCUCUUUGUUCUCAUCUGUUCGCUCCCGUGCGUAGCCUCGGCAGUCACUGCCGUGCUGCUAGUGCCAGAGAGUCCGAGGUGGCUAGUUGCGAAAGGAAGCCACGCAGAAGCGCUCAGAAUUCUUAGAGGUGCAGCCGCUCGUAAUGGCCUUGAUCCUUUCGAAGUCUAUCCAAACGGAACAAAAAUUUUGGAAUUGAAUCAAGCGAGAGAAAGUGUAUGCGAUCUUUUUUCGGCGAAAUGGUUGAAAAUUACACUUUUGCUCUGGACUGUAUGGGGUUUUUUGGCGAUUCUGUAUUAUGGUGUUAUCAUUGCGGUCACAAUUGUGUUCUCCUCCCAAGUCGAAAUCCAGGAUGACAACAGCCAGGAGGCCUCCUACUAUUUUGAUUUUGGUGCUAUCUUCAUAAGUGCAUCAGCAGAAAUUGUUGGACUUCUAAUGGCAAUGUUCACCAUUGAUCAAGCUGGUAGAAUAAAGACACAGACAUUUUCAUACCUAUUGGGAGGAAGCUCUUGUCUCUUGCUGCUACUCGUGGCCUCAAUAAAUGGUCCCCGUUCAGUGCUCUUGGUAUUUGCAUUUACAUCAAGGAUGGCCAUGAUGGGUGCUAGUUGCACGACUUGGGUCUCAACAAGUGAGAUUUUGAGCACUGAUAUCAGGGCCAGUGGACAUGGAACAGCCAAUGGUAUGGCUCGACUAGCAGGAAGUGUCACCCCUUACAUAAUCAACGACAAGGCGUCUCUUAACGUGAUUGGCCUUUUCAUCUUUUCAAUCAGCGUUCUGACAGCAGCUACAGCAUGGCACCUACCAGAGACAGCUGGUCAGGCAAUGGGAGGAGUUCAUGGCACACGAAGAAAUGAAGCAAAAUUGGGAAAAAUAGAAUCACACAAUCAGAGCUCUGCUGCAACAGCUCCAUAUCAAACAAUGCAGUAG